UAGUGAAAAGUUAUAUAGUAAGAAGGAAAACUGCUUUUAAUAUACGAAGUUGCCGACAAUAAAUAAAUAAAGUUUAAAAGAAAAAAGAAUAAAAUAGUUAGAAGUUUCUUAAAUCUGUCAAUCAAUAGUUUUAUUUAACUAUAAUGAGGAUAUUUUACUGCAUUCGUAUCAAUUACUGUUGAAGCUGUUUUGAAGCUGUUUUGAAGCUAUUUGAAAAAAAAAGUUAAUGAUUUGCAUUCUGGUAUAGUCAAAUAAGGAAUCAUAGAAAACAAGAAAGCUCUUCUUUAGUUUUGCUGAUAUGAGAAGAAGCUUGGCCCCAAGUAAAGCACAAAGUGGCACAAUUUUAAAGCGAAAAGUCUCAACUUCCCACAGCGAUGAUGAAGACAAUGAUUAUAAACCUGAUUUAACUAUUUCAAAGCCAAAAAAAAAAUUACCAGCAUACAAUACUAACCAGUUUGUUUCACAAUAUCGAAAGCCAUUAUCAAAUGUCAAUAAUGUUACUUUGGAAAGUAGUUUUGUUGGUGGAGAAUCUACUCAUGAACUACUCAUCAAAAGUAUUCUUGCAAAGCCCUUCAAAGUGCCAAUGAAAAAUUUUAAGGGUUCACCCCAUGGUCGGAGUUUGGGUAUGAGAAAGUCAAUGAGUAAACUUUGCUUAUAUGAUCCAUUUGAAGAGGGAGCAUUAGUUUUAUAUUCACCUCCUGAAGUAUCUGCUCAUAAUAAACUUACAUCAAAAAGUGAGGAAAAUCUUGUACAUGUUGUUGUUGAUCCGCAGCUGACAUCUGUACUAAGGCCACAUCAGAGAGAGGGUGUUAAAUUUUUAUAUGACUGUGUUGUUGGUAAUCGUAUCAAAGAUAACUUUGGUUGCAUAAUGGCUGAUGAAAUGGGUCUGGGGAAAACAUUGCAAUGUAUAACGGUGCUUUGGACAUUGUUGAGACAAAGUCCAUCAGGUAAACCAGAAAUCAACAAAGCAAUAAUAGUUGCUCCUGCAAGUUUAGUAAAGAACUGGGACAAAGAAAUUGAAAAAUGGUUAAAAGGGCGAGUGCACACACUAGCAAUUGAUUCCGGCUCAAAAUCAGAGAUUGACGACAAAUUAUCUUCUUUUAUGAGCCAACAGCAAGUUCGAGCACCCACGCCAAUUCUUAUCAUUUCUUAUGAAACUUUUCGGCUUCAUACUGAUGUCCUUCACCGCUCUCCUGUUGGUCUUGUAAUUUGUGAUGAAGGACAUCGUCUAAAAAAUCUCGAAAAUCAAACUUAUCAAGCACUAAAUCUUUUAAAAACAAAAAAAAGAAUUUUACUUUCAGGAACACCUAUUCAAAAUGAUUUGCUUGAGUAUUUUAGUUUAGUUCAUUUUGUGAAUGGAGGAAUGUUAGGUACUGUAUCUGAAUUUCGCAGAAAAUUUGAAGCACCAAUUCUUAGAGGUCGUGAUGGUGCUGGUUCUGAAAGUGAUCAAAAAAUUGGAGAAGAAAAAUUAGCUGAACUUUUGUCCAUUGUCAGCAAAUGUAUUAUCAGAAGAACAUCUGCAAUUCUUUCCAAAUAUCUACCAGUUAAAACUGAACAAAUUGUAAUGUGUAAACUAACCACAUUACAGUCGAAACUGUACAAAGCUUUUGUAAAUUCAAAAGUAGCACGAAUGCAACUACAAGCUGAUGCAAAGUUAAAUGCUUCUUCACUUGCUUUUAUCAACCUAAUAAAAAAGUUAUGUAAUCAUCCGGAACUAAUUUAUGAUAAACAAAAACUUUGUGAAGAUAACCUACAAGAAGUUUUGAACGAAUUUCCUCCUAAUUUCAACACAAAAGUUUUUGCUUCUGAUUUAUCUGGUAAGAUGCAGGUUUUGGAUUUUAUAUUGGCAUUAGUUAAAUCAACUUCAAAUGACAAGGUUGUCCUUGUUUCUAACUAUACACAAACGAUAGAUUUGUUUGAAAAGUUGUCUCGAUUAAGAGGUUACCAAUAUGUUAGAUUAGAUGGUUCAAUGUCAAUCAAAAAAAGAAUGAAAGUUGUUGACAGAUUUAAUGAUCCAAAUAGCAACGACUUUUUGUUUAUGUUGAGUAGCAAAGCAGGAGGUUGUGGUUUAAAUUUAAUAGGCGCUAACAGACUGGUUAUGUUUGAUCCCGACUGGAAUCCAGCCAAUGAUGAUCAAGCCAUGGCAAGAGUAUGGAGAGACGGACAGAAAAAAGAAGUGUUUAUUUAUCGACUUUUAUCGACUGGAACUAUUGAAGAAAAAAUCUUGCAGCGACAGACGCACAAAAAAGCGCUGAGCAGUUGUGUAGUGGACGAAGAGGUUGACGUUGAAAGACAUUUUUCAUUAAACGAGCUAAAAGAACUUUUCAAGUACGAUUCUGAAACAAUUUGUGAUACUCAUGAAAGACUAAAAUGCAGGCGGUGCGUCAAUAACGUGCAAGUUAAAGCUCCUCCGGACCAAGCUGAUUGUACGAAUGAUCUUACUUUAUGGAAUCAUAGUGCGAGCACGAAAGGCGUUUCGGAUAUAAUAUUAAAACGUGCGUGGAAUUCUGGGAUAUCUUUUGUUUUUCACCAGAAAUCGCAUGACGCAAUGAUUGUUACCGCCUAAUAUGUAUCUAUUGAUUUGUUGUAAUUUUUAUUUAUAAAUAUUUUA